GUUUUCAGUAGAGUUUAUGUGCUUUUGAAAAUUUCUCUGAACCUGAGAUUUCACAUGUGAAAAAAUGGAGAUAAUGUCUACCUUGGGGAAGAAAAUGAGCCUUAAGUCUGAACGCCGAGGAAUUCACGUGGAUCAAUCAGAGCUCCUUUGCAAGAAAGGAUGUGGUUACUACGGCAACCCUGCUUGGCAGGGUUUCUGUUCCAAAUGCUGGAGGGAGGAGUACCACAAAGCCAGGCAGAAGCAGAUUCAGGAGGAUUGGGAACUGGCAGAGCGACUACAGCGGGAGGAGGAAGAGGCCUUUGCCAGCAGUCAGACCAGCCAAGGGGCUCAGUCCCUCACAUUUUCCAAGUUUGAAGAAAAGAAAACCAAUGAGAAGACUCGCAAGGUUACCACAGUGAAGAAGUUCUUCAGUGCUUCAUCCAGGGUUGGAUCAAAGAAAGCAGAAAUUCAGGAAGCAAAAGCUCCCAGUCCUUCCAUAAACCGGCAAACCAGCAUUGAAACGGAUAGAGUGUCUAAAGAGUUCAUAGAAUUUCUCAAGACCUUCCACAAGACAGGCCAAGAAAUCUAUAAGCAGACCAAGAUGUUUUUGGAAGCAAUGCAUUACAAAAGGGAUUUAAGCAUUGAGGAACAGUCAGAGUGCACUCAGGAUUUUUACCAGAAUGUGGCUGAAAGAAUGCAGACUCGUGGGAAAGUGCCUCCUGAAAGAGUUGAGAAGAUAAUGGAUCAGAUUGAAAAGUACAUCAUGACUCGUCUCUAUAAGUAUGUGUUCUGUCCAGAAACAACUGAUGAUGAGAAGAAAGAUCUUGCUGUUCAAAAGAGGAUCAGAGCCCUGCACUGGGUUACACCUCAGAUGCUUUGUGUCCCUGUUAAUGAAGAAAUUCCUGAAGUGUCUGAUAUGGUAGUGAAAGCAAUUACAGAUAUUAUUGAAAUGGAUUCGAAGCGGGUGCCUAGAGAUAAGUUGGCCUGCAUCACCAAGUGUAGCAAGCAUAUCUUCAAUGCCAUCAAGAUCACCAAGGAUGAGCCAGCUUCAGCCGAUGACUUCUUACCCACUCUCAUUUACAUUGUUUUGAAGGGUAACCCCCCACGCCUUCAGUCUAAUAUUCAGUAUAUCACCCGCUUCUGCAACCCAAGCCGAUUAAUGUCUGGAGAGGAUGGCUACUAUUUCACCAAUCUGUGCUGUGCUGUGACUUUCAUCGAGAAGUUAGACGCUCAGUCUUUGAAUUUAAGUCAGGAAGACUUUGAUCGAUACAUGUCUGGCCAGACUUCUCCCAGAAAGCAAGAAUCUGAGAAUUGGUCUCCUGAUGCUUGUUUAGGUGUUAAGCAAAUGUAUAAGAACUUGGAUCUCCUGUCUCAAUUGAAUGAACGACAGGAAAGGAUUAUGAAUGAAGCCAAGAAACUUGAAAAAGACCUAAUAGAUUGGACUGAUGGAAUUGCAAAAAAGGUCCAAGACAUUGUUGAGAAAUGUCCACUUGAAAUUAAGCCCCCAAAUCAGUCUUUAGCAGCUAUUGACUCUGAAAAUGUUGAAAAUGACAAACUUCCUCCACCAUUGCAACCUCAAGUAUAUGCAGGAUGAUGAAAAUGUACAGAUAGUAUUUAUUUGAGCCUAAAUUGUAGCUAGUCCUUACUACAGUCCACUGAUUGAGAUAUAGAAUAUAACUUAAUUGCUUCUAAGUGUCAGAGCAUUUUUCAAGGUACAGUUUGUGGGGAUUGUUUUUGUUUUGUUUUCCUGGCAGGGGAAGCUUAGUAAAUAAUAAAAUACUAUUUAUUUGAGUUACUGAAA